AUGGCAAUUUUGUAUCCGUUCUGGCCCAACGACACCAAAACGCCCAAAGUGGAUGACGGAAGCUCCCCGGAGAUCAAGCUGUCCUUCCCAUUCAUCUUCUUCGGAGUCCCAUAUCGAACCAUUUUUGUCAACAACAAUGGCGUCGUUUCCUUUAAUGUGCUGGUCAGCCAGUUCACGCCAGAGUCUUUCCCCCUGGCUGACGGGCGGGCUUUUAUCGCUCCUUUCUGGGCAGACGUCCACAACGGCAUCCGAGGGGAAGUCUAUUACCGGGAGAGCACGGAUCCUGAUCUCCUCAAGAAGGUCUCCAAAGAUAUCCGGAAGUAUUUCAAGAACCUGCCAUCGUUCAACGCUGUGUCCAUUUUUGUUGCUACUUGGGAAGAGGUCACCUUCUACGGAGGUAGCAGCACAACCCCGGUGAACACCUUCCAGGCUCUCCUGGUCUCAGAUGGAACAUCCUCAUUUGCCAUCUUCAACUAUGAGGAAAUCAACUGGACCACAGGGACUGCAAGUGGAGGAGACCCUCUGACAGGCCUUGGUGGUGUGAUGGCUCAGGCUGGCUUCAACGGUGGAAAUAGCACCAACUUUUUCAGCAUACCUGGUUCCAGAACCCCAGAUAUAGCCAACAUAGAAGACACAACCAACGUCAAUGUGCCGGGCCGCUGGGUGUUCAGAAUCGAUGGGAGGGAAAUUGACCCCGCCAAUGGGUGCAGUUUUAGAGGCCAGUUUCUCCGUCAAGGAGAGAUAUUCUGGGAAAGCGCAAACUGCUCCAUCAAAUGUCGUUGCCUGGAUUUCAACAAUGAGAUAUUUUGCCAGGAGGUGUCUUGCGGCCCCUACGAACUCUGUGAGCCAAAGGAUAAGUUCUACCAGUGUGUGCCAGUGGAAAGCAGCACUUGUGUGGUCUUCGGGGACCCUCACUACCACACUUUCGAUGGCUUCCUCUUCCAUUUCCAGGGUUCUUGCUCCUACCUCCUAGCCAGGCAGUGUUGGCCAGGAUCCAUCCUCCCUUUCUUUAGCGUGGAAGCCAAGAAUGAGAAUCGAGGUGGCUCUUCUGUUUCCUGGCUAAAGGACAUCUCUGUUGAGGUUUAUUCGCACAAGAUAGUCAUCCCCAAAGGCAGCUUUGGGAAAAUUAUGAUAGAUGACUUGGUUAUGUCUCUACCCGUUUUCCUGGAACUGGGGGCCAUAAAAAUCUACCAGAGUGGUUUGUCGACAGCAGUAGAAACAGACUUUGGCCUCUUAGUGACCUACGAUGGAGACCAUUAUGCUGCUAUUUCUGUCCCAGGCUCCUACAUCAAUGCCACAUGUGGCCUCUGCGGGAACUACAACAAGAACCCCGAGGACGAUGUGCUGCGCUCGGAUGGGAAAAUGGCCACGUCGGUGCUGGAUCUGGGGGAAAGCUGGCGGGUCUAUCACCCUGAAUGGAAGUGCUCCCCAGGCUGCUUAGACAACUGCAGCCUUUGCGAUGCAGCGACCGAGUCCCUCUAUUUUGGCCCCGAGCACUGUGGCUUUAUCAACAAAACUGGAGGUCCUCUCUGGGAAUGUGGUGCCAUCGUUGACCCUACGGCUUUUGUCCACAGCUGUGUUUACGACCUGUGUAGCAUCCGAGAUAACGGCACCGGAGGGCUCUGCCAAGCCAUUCAGGCUUAUGCCUUGGUUUGCCAAGCCCUUGGCAUCCCCAUCGGAGAGUGGAGAGCACAGACAGGAUGCGCUGCUGCUGUGCAGUGUCCAGAGUCCAGCCACUACUCUGUGUGUACCAGCAGCUGCCCGGCUACCUGCUCGGACCUCACUGCCCCCCUGACCUGCACUUCUCCUUGCACCGAGGGCUGUGACUGCAACGAGGGCUACGUCCUCAGCACAGACCUGUGCGUCCCGAUCCACCAGUGCGGCUGCGAUGUGGACGGCCAGUACCACGCCAUUGGAGAGUCGUUCUGGGCCUCGGUGGACUGCACGGUGCAGUGUUGGUGCGAGGACGGAGGGGAGGUCACCUGCUUCAACACCUCCUGCCAAGAAGGAGAGGUCUGUGCAGUGGAAAAUGGCUACCAGGGCUGCUAUCCCAAGAGGGAGACGUUGUGUCUGGUCUCCCAGGAUCAGGUGCUGCAGACCUUUGACGGCGUCACGUUCGCUUACCCCCCAGACAACUCCUACACGCUGGUCAAAACCUGCCCGGACAGACCCAGCUUCCUGGAAGUGGACAUCAGCAAAAAGAAACCGGAAUCAAGUCCAGACUGGCUUCGGAGCCUGAUCAUCCAUAUUGCCAGCCAGGAAGUCAAAAUUGGAGGCGUAGACAACUCUGAAAUCAAGGUGAAUGGAUAUGAAAUGGAGCUUCCAUAUUUCCAUCCUUCUGGCCAACUGGAAAUCUACCGCAGCAAAAACGGGACCGUGGUUGAGUCCGAAGGGCUCAUACAUAUCCUGUACUUGGACUCUGGCAUGCUGGAGAUACGCCUCUCAACUAUCUAUUUCAACUGCACCGGGGGCCUCUGUGGCUUUUUCAACGGGAACAGCAGCGACGAAUUCUGUUUCCCUAACAGGAAGUGCACGGACAACCUGGCGGUUUUUCUGGACAGCUGGACAACCUUCAAUGAGAUUUGCAACGGGGAGUGCGGCGACCUUCUCAAGGCCUGCAACAACGAUUCGGAGCUCCUGAAGGACUACCGGAGCCGGUCGAAAUGUGGCAUCAUCAACGAUCCCACCAACAGCUCCUUCCUGGAGUGCCACUCAGUGGUGAAUGUCUCUGCUUACUAUCGGACCUGCCUCUUCCGCCUGUGCCAGAGUGGGGGGAACCAGUCAGAGCUCUGUGACUCAGUAGCCCGGUAUGCCAGCGCCUGCAAGAAUGCAGAAGUGGACGUCGGUCCGUGGAGAAGCUUUGACUUUUGCCCUCUCACCUGCCCGGAGAACAGCCACUUUGAGGAGUGCAUGACCUGUUCUGAGUCCUGCGAAAGCCUAGGGAUGGGUCCCGUCUGCCUGGACACCUGCACGGAGGGCUGUCAAUGUGACGAUGGUUUUGCCCUCCAAGGCACCCACUGCAUUCCCAGGACCGAGUGCGGCUGCAGCUUUGAAGGCCACCAGCUCUCCACCAACCAGUCCUUCUGGAUGGACAUUGACUGCCAGUAUUUCUGCUACUGCAACGGCUCCGACAACAGUGUGCACUGCGAGAACAUUCCCUGCAAAGAAGAUGAGUACUGCAUGGAGGAGAGCGGCCUUUAUUACUGCCAGGCUCGCACCGACGCCUCCUGCAUCGUCUCCGGCUACGGCCAUUACUUGACCUUUGAUGGGUUUGCUUUUGAUUUUCAGAGCAGCUGCCCCCUGGUCCUCUGCACUACCAUCUCCCAGCAGAGGUCAGAGAGGUUGGAAACCUUCCCCGAGUUUACGGUCACUGCCAAGAAUGAGGAUCGGGACCCUUCCCUGGCCUUGUGGGUGAAGCAGGUGGAAGUGGAGGUCUUCAGUUACAACAUCAUCAUCCACCGGGCUUACAAGCACACCGUGCUGAUCAACAAUGAGCGCCUUUACCUGCCCUUGAAGCUUGGACAAGGGAAAGUGAACAUCUUUGCCUUUGGUUUCCACAUUGUCGUGGAGACUGACUUUGGGUUGAAGGUCGUCUAUGACUGGAAAACCUUCCUCUCCGUCACCGUCCCGCGGAGCCUUCAGAACAACACGUACGGCCUCUGUGGGCGAUAUAACAGCAACCCUGACGACGACCUCCAGACCUCCGGUGGCUUUGCCGUCUCUAGCAUCAACGAGUUUGGCCACAGUUGGGCCAAGAGGGACCCCUUUUGCCAGGUUGGCUGUGGUGACAGGUGCCCUGCCUGCCGUAAGGUGGAAGGCUUCUGGAAGCCCCAGCAGCUGUGCAGCCUGAUCCCCAGCAAGAGCGGCGUCUUCUCCAGGUGCCACAGCAAAGUCAACCCCACCUUCUUCUACAAGAACUGCCUGUUUGACACCUGCAUCGAUGGUGGUGCAGUGCAAACCGCUUGCAGCUGGCUGCAGAACUACGCCAGCACCUGCCAGACCCAGGGGAUUGCUGUAACCGGCUGGAGAAACUUCACCUUGUGCUCGGUCAGCUGCCCUCCCAACAGUCACUAUGAGAGUUGUGUGAGUGUGUGCCAGCCCCGCUGUGCUGCCAUCCGGCUGAAAAGUGACUGCAACCAUUAUUGCGUCGAAGGAUGCCAGUGUGAUGCAGGCUACGUCCUCAACGGCAAGAGCUGCAUCCUACCUCACAACUGUGGCUGCUAUUCUGAUGGCAAAUAUUACGAGCCCAAGCAGCUCUUCUGGAGCAGCGACUGCACCCGCCGCUGCCGCUGUUUCCGCCGCAACCUCAUCCAGUGCGACCCACGGCAGUGCAAGUCGGACGAGGAGUGCGCCCUCCGGAAUGGAGUUCGUGGCUGCUUCAGCAAGAAGAGUUCCUACUGCAUUGCGGCAGGUGGAGGGGUGUUCCGCACGUUUGAUGGUGCCUUCCUCCGCUUCCCUGCCAACUGUGCCUUUGUCCUCUCCACAAUCUGCCAGAAACUCCCUGAUGUCUCCUUCCAGCUCAUCAUCAAUUUUGAUAAGUGGUCGUCCCCAAACCUGACAGUCAUCUCACCUGUUUACUUCUAUAUCAAUGAAGAACAGAUUCUUAUCAGCGAUCGUAAUACUGUCAAGGUGAAUGGGACACAGGUGAACGUCCCCUUUGUGACUGGUUUGUCAACCAAAAUCUACAGCAUCGAGGGCUUCCUGGUCAUUGAUACCAGCCCAGAUAUCCAGAUCCAUUACAAUGGCUUCAACGUCAUCAAAAUCGCCAUCAGUGAGCGACUGCAGAAUAAAGUAUGUGGCCUUUGCGGGAAUUUCAACGGGGAUCGCACAGAUGAUUAUGUCACCUUGCGAGGGAAGCCGGUGGUGAGCAGUGUGUUCCUGGCCCAGAGUUGGAAGACGAAUGGCAUGCAGAAGAGCUGCAAUGAGCUUCAAUACGCUCAGUACGCUGCCACCUGUGACAACGUGCAGAUCCAGGUCCUGCAGAGCGACAGCUACUGCCUCAAGCUUACUGACAUGAAAGGCUUCUUUCAGCCUUGUUACGGGCUGCUGGACCCAAUGCCCUUCUAUGAAUCCUGCUUUCUCGACGGCUGCUACAACCAGAAGAAGUACCAGCUUUGUGGCUCUCUGGCAGCCUAUGGGGAGGCCUGCCGCUCCUUUGGAAUUCUCAGCACAGAAUGGAUUGAGAAGGAAAAUUGCUCAGGAGUGGUUGAAGAUCCCUGUGUGGGGGCAGAUUGUCCCAACAGAACUUGUGAAGUGGAGAAUGGAGGAGAGCUGUGUGGUUGCAUAGAACCACCACCCUAUGGAAAUAACACGCAAGACAUCCUGGAUGCUGAGGUGACCUGCAAAGCUGCCCAGAUGGAGGUGUCCAUCUCAAAGUGCAAGCUGUUUCAGCUGGGCUUUGAAAGAGAAGGGGUGCGCAUCAAUGACCGCCACUGUCCUGGCAUUGAAGGAGAAGAUUUCAUCUCCUUUCAGAUAAAUAACACCAAGGGCAACUGUGGAAACAUAGUGCAGUCCAACAGCACCCACAUCAUGUACAAAAACACAGUCUGGAUCGAAAGUGCAAACAACACUGGAAACAUCAUCACUCGAGACCGAACUAUCAAUGUUGAAUUCUCCUGUGCUUAUGAGCUUGACAUCAAAAUUUCUUUGGAUUCCGUUGUGAGACCAAUGCUCAGUGUGAUUAAUCUGACAGUGCCUACACAAGAAGGCAGUUUCACAACCAAGAUGGCACUGUACAAAAACUCAUCCUACAAGCAUCCCUACCGGCAAGGUGAAGUGGUGCUGACCACCCGUGACGUGCUGUAUGUUGGCGUCUUCGUCCUUGGGGCAGAUUCCACCCAUCUCAUCCUAAUGCUGAAUAAAUGUUAUGCAACACCUUCCCGAGACAGCAAUGACAAGCUCAGAUACUUCAUCAUUGAAGAAGGGUGCCAGAAUAUAAAGGACAACACAAUUGGGAUUGAAGAAAACGGAGUUUCACUGACUUGCCGCUUUCACGUCACUGUCUUCAAGUUCAUCGGUGAUUACGAUGAGGUUCACCUCCACUGUGCCGUUUCACUUUGCGACUCAGAAAGAUACUCUUGCAAAAUAAACUGUCCUCAGAACGCCAGGAGGGCCAAUGACUAUACCAAAGAGCUCAAUGAGCAGAUCAUCUCUGUGGGGCCAAUCAGGAGGAAGCGUUUAGACUGGUGUGAAGACAAUGGAGGCUGUGAACAGAUAUGUACAAGCCAGAUGGAUGGGCCUCUAUGCAGCUGCGUAACAGGGACCUUGCAGGAAGACGGCAAGAGCUGCCGAGCAACCAGCUCAUCAAGUGGACCUCAAGCCAGGCUGCUUCCCCUCAUUGUUACCCAGCUAUCGUUAUGGUGUAUUCUCUGUAAACCGAUUCCAACAUAAUAAUUAAUCUUCAGCUUCUACUUAAAGUACUGUAAUUUACUUUAACCCUUCUAAGUCCCUGUAGGAUACGCGCAUGCAACCCUAAACCUGCGACCUGCACUGACAACAGUCAUCGCCAUCUACGACAACACUUUGUCCGUUGCUGCACUGGAGUUGUUGGCCUGCUUUUAAUGGUCUUAAUACUAAAGAAAGCUGGAAAAAUUUAACAGGGCACUGCACUCUUCUAAACAUCAGGGAUGUGUCCAACAUGAUGCGUAGCAAAUAGUCAACUGUGUUUCUCCCUCUUUGUCUUCAUUUUUAGGACAAUCCCCACUCUCUCUUCCUGUUUAAAUUUUGGAGGAAAGUAUUUUGCCUCUUUGAUCACUACUUGAUCUUGGAAGAAAAGGAAAAUGGGCUGUAGGUAGUCAUGGAAUUGGUGCCCUGAGAUCUAUGAAUUGCUCCCUGUAGGCUCCUAUUAUGGAGGCCCUCCAUCAUUGUCAUUUACUUCAGGCUCUAGCCAUUUGUUUGUUCAUUUUCUUUUUUAUGUGGUUGCUGUGAGUCUUGCAUGCACAAGAGAAAUUAACCAUUGCUAAUUUCUUCAUAGAACAUCCAAUUGAAGUUCUCCAUUCACACAGCAGGGCUAAGAGAAUCAAUAGAUGGGGGCAAUCUACAGGUACCUUGAAAAUGUCACCAUAGAGUGGUUGGCAUGUGGGAAGCCAUCCCAGUUUUUGUUGCAGCUGCCAUCAUUGCCACUCACACAUCCAGUUUAAAUGAGCAAGCUUUUGGUCAUAUGAAAAAGCAUUUCUUCUUUUUUUGAGUUCUGGCCACUCUUCUUUCUCUUGAUAUAUUUGUUCAAAUAGCUUUAAGACGAGACAACAGGCAACUUGCUUUUGGAAACCUUGUUUUGAAUGUGGGGGUUCUAUGGAUAUGCUGGAGAACAUUCAGGUAUAGCAUUUUACCAUAGAAACAAAUCCAUCAAGAGAAAUGUCUGUGGUGCAACCUACCACCAAGUUCAUCAGAGGUUUUGAUACAGUGUGGACAUAACAAAUUUACAUUGGUUUAAAACAGAAACCUGUGAGUUAAAUUUUUUGUGAGGUGUGUAAGGAUCUCUAGGAGAGAAUUCUCAACACCUCAUCGAACUGCAAUUCCCAGGAUUCCUGGAGAAGCCAUGACAUUUAAAGAGGCAAGGAUUGAUAACAGCUUCUAGUGUUUCAGCCUGAGAUCCUAUCCCUUUAAUUAUGUUCACAUGUUAUCAAUGAACUCAGUAAAUAGCUCACAAAAGAGCUUUGGACAGCUGGGGUGUCUUCCCUCCCCCACCCCCAUCCCAAUUCAAACUCUGUCCCUUUUUGUUAUACAUUC